UCACACACAUCAUCUUGUGCAAAGGUCGAACAAUUAGCGAUGGAGUACUGCUACUCUUCGAAGCUGGCCUGGUCCCUGGUCCUCGCCUUCGCCAUGGCAGCCGCCAUCACCUCGCCGUGCGCUGCCCAGAACGCCCCGGCGGACUUCGUGAGCCUCCACAACUCUUCGCGCGCGCUUGUCGGCGUCGGGCCGGUGACAUGGGACACCACGGUGGCGAAUUACGCGCUGAGCUACGCGAACCAGCGCAAAGCCGACUGCAGCCUGGUGCACUCCGGCGGGACGUACGGGGAGAACAUCUUCUGGGGCUCCGCCGGCGGCACCUGGACGGCGUCGAGCGCCGUCACCAUGUGGACCGACGAGAAGCAGUUCUACGACUACGCCACCAACACCUGCGCGACCAACAAGGUGUGCGGCCAUUACACCCAGGUGGUGUGGACGUCCUCCACGUCCAUCGGCUGCGCGCGCGUCGUCUGCGACAGCAACCGCGGCGUGUUCAUCAUCUGCAACUACAGCCUGCGGGGCAACAUCGCCGGACAGAAACCCUACUAGCUACUGUACAUAUAUACUAUAUGCCUUAAUUUCUUCACGCAUGUCAUGUUGUUUGACAAAAAUAAUGGGGGUAACGCAUGCUCAUGAACCUACAAUUCAUGCAUGUACGUACUUAUGCCCCAUGGAAUAAGCUGUGAUCUAUCUAUUGUUCUUAUAUAAUACUACUACUACUCUAUUCAUGCAUGUA